AUGCUAUCCGCUCUCCUUGCCUUUCUUUUCCUCACUACGAGCUGUGUCGCUCAGCUUCCGCCAUUGACUGCUUGGUCGGCUACGCCUUUCAACCCUACGUCAUUGCCUCUCGCGGUCAAGUCAUCAUAUCUCAACAUAUGGGCGCCAUUAGGGUACGGAAAUGGCUCUGCAGCUCUGAGCGAUGCAUGGCCGAGAAAUUGGGACAGAAGCCUUACCCCUUUGGGAUGGUACGGGUCAAUUCGUGUGGACGGGACCGCAUAUCGGUUUCUCGGUGAAUCAAACAAACCAGCUGCCAAUAUCAACACUCUUCAGAAAGGUUUUUCUUUCACUCCAACGCGAUCAUCGUAUCUUUAUCAAACUGGUCCGGUCAACGUGAAUAUAACUUUCCUGAGCCCGGUUGAGCCCACCGACCUGGUUCGACAAUCGAUGCCAUUUUCGUACAUGUCCAUCACCGUCCAGCCAAACGAUGGAGGUUCUCACAGUGUCCAACUUUACUCGGACGUAUCGGGAGAAUUUAUUGGUGGUAAUUUUAGAGUGCCAGUGAACUGGACGAUCAAUGAAUCGAGCGAUUUCGUGUACUUACAAAUGAGCCCCUCUUCGCCCUUGCCAUACCAAGAACUCAAUAAGCGGCCGCAAGACGGGACGUUGUAUUAUUGCAUGAAGAAGGCAAAUGGCGUAUCUUGGCAAAUUGCAAAUGCCACAGUGAUGCGCGAACAGUUUAAUAACGGAUCUAUUACCAGUCUUUCAAAGACAUCUGAUGGCACUUUUCACGCUGUUGGCCAACCAUAUUUUGACACCCUAGCCAUUGCAGUCGACCUCGGAACUGUUUCCUCUGUGACCGACCCAGUGGUGUACGCUUUGGGUGUAGUACGUGAUCCAGUCGUGCAGUACGCCAACCGAUAUGUGCAGAUUGAGAAGCGAAGUUCGUAUUACUGGUCAAACUUCUCCAAUAUCCAUGACGUUAUCAAUGACGUCUUAAACCAUUUUGAUGAUGCUGUGACUGCCGCGACAAACCUGGAUAACCAAAUUCUCAGCGCCGCAGGGCAGGUCUCAACCAGUUAUGCUGACAUCCUAAGCCUCUCCACCCGGCAAGUCAUGGGCGGACUUGAAUAUACACUUCUCAAAGAUGACUCUGGCAAUUUCAAUGCGUCGGAUGUGAAGGCGUUUAUCGAUGAUAUGGGUGGUAUAGGCUCCGGCGGAGUAAGCGCCGUCGAUGUGUUGUAUGCCGCGAUGCCUGCGUAUUUAUAUCUUAAUCCUGAUAUUCUCACUUACCUCUUGAGUCCGCUAAUGGAAUACCAAGAGAGUACACAAUACACGAAUCCAUACGCCGCGCAGGACCUGGGCAUUGCAUUUCCGAAUGCCACGGGAAAUGCCAACGGGCACAACCAAAAAAUUGAACAUUCCGCGGAUAUGAUUAUCAUGAGCUUGGCGCAUGCUCAGGCUUCCGGUGACGGCCGUCUCAUUAGCCAACACUAUGAUCUCCUUAACAAAUGGGCUAACUACUUGGUUAAUAAUACUAUGACUCCUGGAGAUCAGACAGCGUCACUCUCAGAUUCUAUAGACGCAAACAAUCAGACAAAUGUUGUGCUGAAAGGCAUCAUUGGCAUUGGCGCUAUGGCUAAGAUAAGCGGCUAUACGGGACAUACGGCCGACCAAACCAAAUUUAAUACCAUUGCACAGCAAUAUACACAGCAGUGGACGAGCAUUGCAGCUGGCAGUGGUUCUUCUCAGAUUUCGAUAAGCUUCGGCUCGUUGAACUCAGGAUUGAUCUAUAACUUGUAUGCGGAGAAACUGCUGCAACUCAACCUUAUUCCGAGCUCGGUGUAUGAUACUCAAACACAGUUCUACAAGUCACAGCUUUCACUGUGGAAAUAUGGCAUUCCCUUGGAUACCUCAAACACUUCAUCAGUUACACGUUCUGACUGGAUGAUGUUUGCUGCGGCUAGCGCAACUGAUAUAUCCGUACGAGAUGCCAUGCACUCGCAAAUCCACGACUAUAUAUCGGCAUUUUUACCACAAAACCUUCCGUUUCCAAUCCUAUAUGAUCCACGUGCUGGAACGCAGAUAGGAGGAGAGAACAGCCCGGCAAUAGGAGCCACGUUUGCGAAUUUAGCAUUGAAUCUGCCGAUUAAGUCAAUCUCAGUGACAGGUCCACCUGUAGGUGGAAAUAAUGCAAAAAACACAGCAGCUGUCGUCGGCGGUGCUGUUGGGGCCACCCUGGGUGUGUUAAUCAUCGUUGGCGCAGGCAUAUUCUUCUAUCGCCGUCGUCGAAGCAAUCAAGAGUUGGCCAGCAAGUACAACCGCGUCGAUUGCACUCGAUCCGGGAAUUACCCACCCAGCUCCCUGCUCGCGCUCAAUCCGCCGGAUUCGGCUGCACGGUCGGACAUGACAGAACUGACCGUUACCCCGUAUACAAACCAGUCUGUCGAUGAUGGUGGCUCCUUCAUUAAUAUCACUGGGUCGACCGUUGCUCCUCCAACGCCCUCUGGCACGCUGACGGUGUCUGCAAAAGACUGGGAAAGUAGAAACGCGGUGUGUGGGAAAUAUUCCAAAGCGCCGCCAAGCUCGACAGGCUCGAAUACGUUGGGGCCUAACCCGCUACCAGACCCUCCUCGCAUGAACCCACGACGGGGUAAUUGGAGAGCUGAAGUGGAAGCUCUGCGGCGGGAAAUCGAGCAGAUUAAGCGGGAGCGAGACAGGUUAGUAGCACCACCGCCGGCGUACGAGAACGAACUUCGAAGGCUGCAGGCUAUGGGUUCGCGAUAACGCAUCGUCUAUUUGUUCCAUUUCUUCUUCUUCCCUUCCAGUAUGCUUUCUAUGGCCCGGCAUUGACUUGCCUAAUGCGCCUGAGAGAAAGCAAAUUACCAGCUCUCUCAGUAGAGUAUAUUGUUUUUACAGUGUGGGGAUCAACGCAUCGAGCCUUCCGAGACAGGAUUGACCUAAUUCUGUUUCUA